CGCCUUAUCUAGCACUAAUUGAAGGCUGUGUUGGAAAAAUGUGAGUCUUUGUCUUUAUGGGAUGAGGAGUUAGCUCUGCUUCUUUAGCCCUGCUUCUUAUCUCUACCCCAUGGACGACUCCGGUACAGCUGCCGACCCAAUUUUUCCCCCUCGGAGACCACAGUCGAGCAUAAGGGGGACUCUCCCGGACGCGAACACCAUAUAGUAUAAUAGACGUGGUCAUCCUCUCCAGACACGGGUCUGGGACAUCGCUUCCUCCCUUCACCUCUGACUCCCUGCCUUUACAUUGCUGCUACUAUCCCCUCGGAGUCUACCGAAGAUGGCUCAUGAGGAACCACGUAUUGAACAGGACGUGGAAAAGAUCUCCGUCAUACGUGUGCAAGACGACGGCGAGAAUGUACAAGAGAUAUGGUGUCAUAAAGAGGAAACACCUCCCCGGAAACAGCUUCGCCGUGGCCUGAAGCCGCGUCACUUGAGCAUGAUUGCUCUGGGCGGCGCCAUUGGGAGCGGCUUGAUCAUCGGCAGCGGCCAGGGUUUGGCCAACUAUGGUCCAGGGUCACUACUCAUCGGAUAUGCGGCCACUGGACUGCUUUGCUUCGUGGUCAUCACUGCCCUAGGCGAGAUGGCCACCUGGCUGCCUCUGGGCACCAGCUUCCCGGGCUAUGCCAGCCGUUUUGUCGACCCAGCGCUGGGCUUUGCUCUAGGAUGGUCAUAUGCGUUCAAAUACUUCUUCGCGGCCGCCAACCAGCUGACAUCCUUGGCUCUGGUUAUUCAAUUCUGGGUCCCGCGUGACCAUGUGAAUCCCGGGGUCUUCAUAGCCAUCUUCUGGCUUUUCGUGGUGAUUGUCAAUUAUCUCGGAGUGCGGGUCCUAGGAGAGGUGGAAUUUUGGCUCUGCACCAUCAAACUCCUCGUCCUCGUCGGCUUUAUCAUCCUAGGAAUUGUUCUGGCCGCUGGCGGAGGUCCAAACCGGCACGCCACAGGCUUCGAAUAUUGGUCAAAUCCGGGCGCCUUCAAACCCUACAUUGCUGAAGGUGCAACGGGCAAGUUCCUCUCCGUCUGGGCCGCUCUCAAUUCGGGUGUGUUCGCCUACCUAGGCACCGAGAUGGUCGGGGUCACCGUAGGCGAGGCGCAAAAUCCCCGUCGAGCCAUCCCUCGUGCGAUCCGCAUGACCUUCUGGAGAAUUUGUAUCUUCUACAUCACUACGAUCUUUCUGGUCGGUCUCCUGGUGCCGUACAACUCUUCUUACCUUAGCUUUGCCCAAAAGUCGGGCCACGGCGCCGCUGCUUCGCCCUUUGUCGCCGCUGUCAAGGUUGCCGGGAUCAAGGCGCUUCCCGGAAUCAUCAAUGCCGCCGUGAUGGUGUUUAACCUCUCAGCGGCGGUCACCGAUGUCUACGUCGCUUCGCGUACCCUAUACAGCCUUUCAGCUCAGCAUCAGGCCCCGGCUUUUCUGUCCUCGACGAACAGUAGAAAAAUACCCUUCUGGGCCUUCACAGUCGCAGUGUCAAUGACGCUGCUGGCAUUCAUGAAUGUCUCGGACGAGUCGACGCGGGUAUUUCAAUACUUCGUGAACCUGACGACGAGCUUUGGCUUGCUUACGUGGGUCACUAUCCUGAUCAGCCAUAUCCAUUUCGUCCGGGCACGAAGGGCACAGGAGGUCACUGAUUCAUCGUUGCACUUCCGAGCUCCUUUUGGUCUCUGGGGUUCCGUCAUUGCCUUGUUCUUUACCAUCCUCGUUCUCCUUACUAAGAACUUUUCGGUCUUCACCCAUGGGUCCUGGGGCAACUUCGACUACAAAAACUUCCUCACCGGCUACUUGGGCGUGGUCAUAUAUAUUGUUCUGACGCUCGGAUGGAAGAUUUGGAACAAAACCAAAUAUGUCAGGUCGUCAGAGGCGGAUAUCUGGACAGGUAAGGCCGAAGUGGACCAAGACGAGGCCGAGUUUCUUGCACAACAAGCUGCAAGGACAGAGAGCCACGGGAAGUUUCAUCGGCUCUACCGCCAUACUUUAGGUUAUCUUGUGUGAAAAGUGCACCACAGGACGGUGGCAAAAUUGUCUUCUCGACGAUCCAUUUGCGACAUCUGGCCAAAAAUCCCUUUCGUUUCAAGACCAUAGCAGACAAUCUUCACAACAGGGAUGUUCCAGUCGGUCUGAGGCGCUUUUGAACGUCAUAUACUCCCAGACGGAUGUAGCGGUGAAUAGAGGUAUGGAAGCAGAAAUAUAGAUAUCUACGAUAAGAAGGAGAUUGCAGGGGACAAGAUCGUGGUAUCCUAGACGUUUUGGGCCUCUUUCAGCCCUGUUCCCUUCCAGAGCACUGUGCUUGCGAAGCCUUCGACGGAGAACGUGCUUCCCAGUUGAUCAAAUCUGGCUCAUAGAGCGUCCUAUGCCUGACUCAACGUUGUUGCAGCCAUGAAUUGCUGGGCAAGGAUGUGUGGCACCGUGGCGGCAUCUGGAGUGCUGCAUCGUGCCUCUAUGGGUCCUUGUACAGCCCGAACCCACCUGUCUAAUAAUUGCGAGCGAGUCUGGCUUGCAGUAA